AGUGGGAUGGCAGGGCCUACGGCCAGUGGCAACUCGCCAAACCGUCAACCGGGUUACGUCGCACUUGCAGUCGUGGGAGACAAGGGCACCUUGAGCAGAGACUUGGAUACAGGGCUUGGAGGUGAUCGGCAGGCCAAUAUGGUUGCCUUCGCAGUCGAGGCACUUCAUCUGCUUAAGGAGUACAUAACAGCAGGU